AUGUCAACAAUGAAAUAUGAGUGGGGAAUUAUCAUUUUUGGUGAUAAAAACAAAGGAGAAAUUACAUAUGAAAUGAUGCGCUCAUUCGCAAAUGUGUUUCGUGAAAGCAGUUCUAAGUUGGGAUUAAAUUUAGCGCAAUCACCAUCAUUUCUGUUUACAAAAAAUGUAGUAAUGGCACAAACAGAAGUGGAUGAAUGGUGCGAUGAAUUGGAAUCGGACGAAGAUAAGAUGCUUGUAAUAUUGUUCAAUGAUAGUGACUCGAAUGAAGUGGAGAAAAAAAUACAAAAAAUUUGGAGUGAAAAGAUCUUGCUUUACAUACAAACGAGUGAAAGUUUGCUUCUCUGUGCGCGUAAUAAAACUGAAAAAAUGAUAGGCUGUUGGGUCAAAGAAAUUUGUGAACUUCUAAGUGAAAAAUUUUGCAGAACUUCGGAAGUAGAAUUUGGAUCUCAAAAUACUAAAGAAGCAGAAUCAAUCAAAACAAAUGUUAUUGAAACAACUGAAAAACUGUCAAAUGAAGAAUUGUUCAUUAGACGUGGCGAGAAUCAAGAAGAACAUGUAGUUAAUCGAGACUGUCCAUUACUCGAUUUUGUUCAUGUUGAGAACAUUUUUGCGAAUCUUCAAAAACUGGAAAAACCACUGAAAGACUUAGAUUUGAUAAAAUACAUCGAUGGUCCAUUAUUGCAUAAUAGGUUACGUAUUCCGUUCACCGACAGAGAGCAGAAUGUCCAACUGCUUGCCAUUCUUUCAGCUGCUUCAUUUACAGAACUUCCAGAUCUUCAAUCUUCAGUGGUUAAUUUGUUGGAGGCGAUCAUCAAUUCAGAUUUUAUUUCUUUCAUGCUUCGUGAUAAUGUAUGUCACAUACGUAGUGUUACUAGUGCUGAAUGCUAUAGAACUCUCUUCAUUCAGCUUCAAGACGUCAUGCAGAUAUUAUACAUUUCGAAAGUUAAACACAUUCAAGAUUUCGAUAUUGCAUGUGAAGAAUUUUUAUAUUUUAUGGAAUUAAUUCCGGAAAAAUGUUGGUUAGCUAUCGAUGAAAAGCUUAAGUUGACAGUUUUCAAAAUGUUACAAAAAUUAGUUAUCGACCCUGCUGAGCCUUUAGCAGUAGAUUCGCAUGAAGACUGGGAAUCAAAUAUGGCAGAUAGCGAUAUGAAAUGUUUUGAGGAAAAAAGAAAAAGAACUAAACACUAUUUGUCAGCAUGCAUCAAUGGUGAUGUUGUAGAACCUCCAGAAGAUUUUCGAACAUUGUCAGUUUACGCUACUAGUAGUGAUAUACUUCAUCCAGUUCAACCUUAUAUUCGAAAAAAUAUCGUCAAAGGAAGUUACUCAAGUCAAGAACAUUACCUCGAUAUACAGUUUCGUCUCAUGCGUGAAGAUUUGAUUGGUCCGUUGCGAGACGGUAUAGAGUUAUGGCGACAACAAAAAGAAAAAGAAGCCUUUGUGUCAUAUGCAACGGAUGCAAAUGAAGAACUCGAUUUACUGAUCAUAAAGGGUGUUAUUGUGGAAGGUGCACAACUAAAACAAAGUACAGGAGAAAUUAUUCGUUACAUCAUUUUUCAGCCUCCAAGUGCAGAUAAUUUUUGGGAUUCACGACUUAAGUUUGGACAGUUGGUGACAUUGUCAAGCGACAGAUUCCAGGAGGAAGCCCUGCUUGCCACUAUUGCUGAGAAAGAUUCUGAUGAUUUUUCCGAAGGAAAAUUAGGAUUACAUUUUUUCGAUGAUCAUUUAGUUUCACGAACCAAAAUUUAUACUUUAGUUGAGUCGAGCUCAUAUUAUGAAAUGUAUCAACAUGUCUUGGAAUGCAUCAAGCGUUUUGAUAACAGUCACACGAUUCCAUUCGAACGUUUUUUGGUAAAUGCUGAAACUGAUGUUGGUUUCCCAUCAUAUCUUGUUCAGGUCAUAGACGAAGAUUCUCACAGUUCUUCGGAUUCUUUGAACAGUGAAUAUACCGAUUAUAGUGCCUCUUCUUCCUCACUCAAAAAAACUGUGAUUGCUAAAGAAAUAAGCAUUUUUGGAACGAAAUAUAAAGUGGAUAAGUUGAAAUAUACGCUUGACGGAAAUAAGAUUGGUUUAGACGACGCCCAACGAAAUGCGCUUUGCUACGCUCUUACGCAUGAACUUGCCUUGGUCCAGGGGCCUCCGGGUACAGGAAAAACUUUUCUUGGUCGUCUUAUUAUACGCAUUUUGCUGGAAAAUAUAACUAUGUGGAAUCCAGAAAGAAUAAAUCCGAUAAUAGUUGUAUGCUUUACUAAUCAUGCUCUCGAUCAGUUUUUGGAUGGUAUUUUAGUGGAUUUAAUAAAUGAUAAACGUUACAAUGACGAACUUCCUAGUAUUGUUAGAUUUGGAUCGCGCUGUAAAAGCGAAACUUUACAAAAAUAUACAAAGCGGUCGGUAUUGAAAGCAUACAGUGACUUGAUUCCAGAUACAACAAAGCAUAAGGCGAGCAAGAUAAUUUCUGAGAGAAUACAUUUAUUGAAAAUAAUUCGAUCUCAAGUUGCUAUACUAAUGCACAAUAAGAAUGAGAUUUUGUCCUAUAAGCACAUGCAAUGUGUAAUGUUACCGGAACAUGUCCAACAGUUUAGUGUGCAACGACGAACUAAAGGAAAAAGACAUCCGAUGGACGAAAUAUUCUGCACAUGGCUUCUGGAAAGUGAUGUUGGUAGAGAGGAUUGUGUCAUUGUAGAAGACAAUGCAAAAGAGGAAAAAUUUUUCGGAAAUGCAGAAAUGUCAACUUUAUGGUUCAUGGAUGAAACGCUCGUCAAAGAGCAAAAUGAACAGAAAAAGGAAGUCGUUGAGUCACUUCCACAGGAGCAGCUGCUCAAAUCUAACACAGAUAUAAGUGACUAUUAUCACUGUGGUGAGUGGGAUCUUAAUAAAGAUCCUAAUGCAAGUACCAUCGAAGAUGUUACAAUAUUAUCAGAACAGAUGCACGCCAAAUUAAAGGAUAAUGCAAAAUACGCUGCCGAGCUUAUUGCAGAUCUGAAGAAUGUGAAGGCUGAUAUAUUAAAAAGUUGUCCUUUGACGUCAGAAGAAGCUUCAUCGAUUAAAAACCUACAAACUUUGCACAGACAUCGUCGUUGGGCUCUGUAUAUGCAUUGGAUCAAGAAACUAAAGGUUGUUGUAUGUAACAGAUUAAAGACGCUCAUAUGCCAGUAUCAAAUUAUUAUGAAGGACGUUAAGAAGGAAUUCGAUCUUUUGGAUGAAAUCAUUUUACGAAAGGCUUUGAUUAUCGGUGCAACUACAACUGGUGCUGCAAAGAUAAAACCGUUUUUGGAUCGUCUUGGUUGUCCCAUUGUAAUAGUAGAAGAAGCGGCUGAAGUCUUGGAAGCUCAUGUUUUGACAAGCAUUACAAAUAAAUGUCAGCAUGCUAUUCUGAUUGGUGAUCAUAAGCAGUUACGUCCAAAUCCUGCUGUAUUUGCUCUUGCUCGUGAGUAUAAUUUGGAUAUAUCGUUGUUUGAAAGAUUAAUCAAAAAUGGUUUUCCAUACGCAUUAUUGGAAAGUCAGCAUCGUAUGGCUCCUGCUAUAGCGAAUACUCUUAUGCCAGAAUUUUAUCCUUUAAUGAGAAGUGCCGAGAAUGUUUUCAGAUACCCAAAUAUUGAAGGAUGCCAGAAAAAUCUGUAUUUCAUUAGCCAUUGUCACGACGAAGAUGUAAUCUUUUCUACUUCACAUAAAAAUUCAUUUGAGGGUGAUUUUAUGGUCAACUUAUCUGCUUAUUUUGUUCAACAGGGCUAUGCUUGCUCACAGAUCACGUUAUUGUGUGCUUAUACAGCUCAGGCAAAUUAUGUAAGGACACAAGUAAUGUUAAAAUUCAACAAUGCAAAUCUUCCUUUGGUUGAAACUAUUGAUAAUUAUCAAGGUGAAGAAAAUGACAUAGUCAUUCUGUCGCUUGUACGUUCACAACCGAGUAGCAAUGCCGGUUUUAUUGGGAUUUCUAAUCGCGUGUGUGUGGCUUUAUCACGUUCCAAACUUGGUCUUUACAUGAUAGGCAAUAUGCACUUUCUUAAAUCUAACUCUGCUCUGUGGAAUCGGCUCUAUAUUUCUUUGUCAGAUGUUGAUUCUAUUGGUGACGGCUUUCCGGCAUUUUGUGCAAAGCAUGAUGCUACACAGAUUAUCCAUAACGCGGCUGAAUUUCUGACAAAAACUCCUGAAGGUGGUUGCUAUUAUUCUUGUGAUUUUGUGCGACCUUGUGGUCACAUCUGUGGUCAACCUUGUCAUCGAACAGAUCAAGAACAUAACAAAUCAUGUACUCAUCCUUGUUUAAAAACGUGCUCAACAGCAUCUCGGCAUCCCUGCACAAAAUUAUGCGGUGAACCUUGUGGUAAAUGCCAGUUUUUUGUAAACAAGACUUUCCCUUGUGGACAUACAACUGGUGUUGUUUGUUAUCUAUUCGAGGAAGCAGUUUGUCAACAGAAAUGUUCGAAAGAAUUGCCAUGUGGUCAUCAAUGUAGAAACAAAUGCAGAGAACCAUGCAAGUGCUCAUAUAAGAUUUUGAUGAAUUGUGGACACACCGUUACAGCUAGUUGUUCUGAAAAACAAGAAACAAAAUGCAUAGUAGAAAUAGAAAAAAUAUUUGCGACGUGUAGUCAUCGCUGGUCAGUACCAUGCUAUAACUAUGAAGAUGCACAAUGCGGUGAGAGAUGUGGGCGGAUUUUGCUAUGUGGUCAUCGUUGUCAAUCAGUAUGUGGAAAAUGCACAUUGGAGGGAUGUGUUAGUUGUACGUCAGUUUGUGGUAAACGACUUUCCUGCGGUCACGAGUGUUUGCGCACAUGUGGAAUACCCUGUGAGCCCUGCAUAGCUCCUUGUUCAAAUCAGUGUGAACAUUCACAUUGUGGUCAACAACUUGAUAUACUUGUGGAACAAAAAGCUCGAUGUGCUGAUUUUUGCAGCUUUUGCGUUCAACGUUGCACAAACAGCUGCAAACAUCGGCAAUGUCAAAUGAAGUGUUGGCAAGUUUGUAGUAUAAGACCAUGUUGUUUUCCAUGCGACAAAAAGCUUGAUUGUGGGCACACUUGUCUGAGUCUUUGUGGCGAAGUUUGUCCAGAUGUUUGCGUUCAAUGUCAGGGAAUAAAUGUUCCUGUAUUGCAAUUUCAAGGUUGUAAAUGUAUUGUGAGCGUUAAGGAAGCUGACAGCCAUAUAGGAGACCAAACAUUAAAAAAGCAACAGUAUACAUGUCCAAAAUGUGCUUGCAAACUUCUUGUCAAUAGUUGCUUUCGAUAUGCAAAAGAAUUAAAAGAACAGGCUAUCAACAAUGAAAGGAUCAAAUUUACAAAAUUAUUAACUGACGAUUUGUUAAUCAACUUACAAUGUGAUGUUUUGAAGCAAGCUGAAAAUAAUUUGGCUAGAAUCUCGUGGAUAGCGGAAAAGAAAAAUAGUUGUGCAAUACAGACAGCGGAAAUAUUACGUGUGGUUAUGACGAGGCUUAGUACAGAAUUCUAUAAUCAUUCAGGUAUCAUGAAAUGGCAAGUGAUGGUAAACAUGCUUUCUGAUAUGUGCCAGUUGCUUAUGUGCAUUAUUACCGAAAAGUUUACUUCUAUUCCAAAGAAGCGCUACUCCAAUUUGUACAUUUUCUUCCGCAAUUGUUUCGGAAAUACAAAUAGCAUUCUUCCCUUGCUGGAAAUGGAUCUUGUCAGUUUAUCAGUGCUCGCGAAGUUAUUGAAGACCGAAUCACCUUCGAUGCUAGAAAUACCAGUAGCAAAUGAAUUACGAAAAGUUUCUAUCAAAUACAUGCUUGGACGUCUUGCAAAUGAUUUUAUCAAAAAAAUGAGAGAUUUGGAUGCGUCCCAACUAAAUGAUUUGCUGAAAAUGACGAUGAAAGCAUUAAAAUGGUCUAGUGACACGGAGCAAAAGAAAGCAUCUGUUCGAUUUGUGCAAUAUUAUCGUGAUCUCUAUAAAGUUUUGAAUGUGCAACACAUUCCGGGUAGUGAUUUGCGUUGUAUGAAUUUUUCUUGUUAA